GGGAUCCUUAUAUAGAGGCUGACAACAUAUCAAUAUCGUCAACACGUUUUUAUUCAUCUUUACGUAAAUGUUCAUCCGCUACAAACCUACAACAAUCAUAUGAAAAUGAUAGUGAAUCGCAGAAAUUUAAGCGAGGUCUUUCACCGAACGUUCGAAUAACCAAAAAACCGGUAAAUGUGCACGAAGGGGAUCCUUAUAUAGAGGCUGACAACAUAUCAAUAUCGUCAACACGUUUAUUUUCAUCUUUACGUAGAUGUUCAUCCGCUACAAACCUACAACAAUCAUAUGAAAAUGAUAGUGCAUCGCAGACAUUUAAGCGAGGUCUUUCACCGAACGUUCGAAAAACCAAAAAACCGAUAAAUGUGCAAGAAGGGGAUCCUUAUAUAGAGGCUGACAACAAAUCAAUAUCAUCAACAGGUUCUAAAAAGAAAUCUUUAUUUCCAUCUUUACGUAAAUCUUCAUCCGCUGUUAAUCUACAACAAUCAUAUGUAAAUAAUAGUGCAUCGCAGAAACUUAAGCGAAGCAUUACAUCGGUCGUUCGAAAAACCAAAAAACCAGUAAAUGUGCACAAAGGGGAUCCUAAUAUAGAAACUGACAACAAAUCAAUAUCAUCAACAGGUUCUAUAAAGAAAUCUUUAUUUCCAUCUUUACGUAAAUCUUCAUCCGCUGUUAAUUUACAACAAUCAUAUGAAAAUAAUAAUGCAUCGCAGAAACUUAAGCGAAGUCUUUCAACGAUCGUUCGAAAAACCAAAAAACCGGUAAAUUUGCACGAAUGGGAUCCUUAUAUAGAGGCCGACAACAAGUCAAUAUCAUCAACAGGUUCUAAAAAGAAAUCAUUAUUUCCACCUUUACGUAAAUCUUCAUCCGCUGUUAAUUUACAACAAUCGUAUGAAAAUAAUAGCGCAUCACAGAAAAUUCAGCAAAGUCUUUCACCGGUCGUUCGAAAAACCAAAAAACCGGUAAAUUUACACGAAGGGGAUCCUUAUAUAGAGACCGACAACAAAUCAAUAUCAUCAACAGGUUCUAAAAAGAAAUUUUUAAUUCCAACUUUGCGUAAAUCUUCAUCCGCUGCUAAUCUACAGCAAUCGUAUGAAAAUAAUAGCGCAUCGCAGAAACUUAAGCGAAGUCUUUCAACGAUCGUUCGAAAAACCAAAAAAACGGUAAAUUUACACGAAGAGUUUCCUUUAACGCAUCCUUUGCGUAAAUCUUCGUCCGCUACUAAUAUACAACAAUCAUAUGAAAAUAAUGGUAUACCACAUAAACUUACGGAAAACCCGGUAAAUUUACACGAAGGGAGUCCUUCUUUGAUAGAAGAUAACACAUCACAUCUAUAUUUACGUAGAUGUUCAUCCACUUCAAAAAUACAACAAUUUUAUGAAUCGCAUAAAAGUAAUGACGUCCCACAGAAGCUCAAACGAAGUCUUACAACGGUUAUCCGAAAAAAGCCGGUAAAUUUACACGAAGACAUUCCUUCUUCUACAAAUCUUAAAAAGAAAUUUUCAUUUUUACGUAAACAACAAACAUGUGAAAAUGACAGCGCGCCACAAAACCUCGAACGGAAUCAUUUCGAAAUUCUUCCAAUAAACGACGAUUCUUCAACAGAUACCGAUAGCAUAUCAAUCUCAUCAAUUUCAUCGAAUGAGAGUCAAAGUUCAACAAGUACAGCUAGUUCGACGGAUACGACAAAAUCGACCAAUAAAUUACUUUAUAUAUUAAACAAUUUUAAUGGCGCUUUAAAUGGUGGAAGAAAUGUUAAAGAUAAAAAACGAAAAAAAUAUAAUUUGACUGAAAUCAUGGUUAGCAAUGAAAUAAGGAUUACCUCUUCGGAUAUAAUGGACGAUUAUGGAUGCUUCUCUACAAAAAAUUAUGUACAUACUUCGCAUUCUAUAAAUACGAGCAUUCAUUACAAUCAGUGUAGGUCAGCCGGUACUGACAAUUUAUUCGAUUUACCUCAAAUAAAAUUAAAUGAAGCAGCGUUACACAUCUCUAACGAAGUCGUUCCACCUCCCACGUUGAUUGAAUAUGAUUUACGUGAUCCUGCAUCACUCAAAAACGAGGACGCUACGUCAACACCAAGUGAAGAGGACGAAGCGAAUUUCAAUCAAGUUUUCCAUGACUUUGAACUUUUAAGGAUGAAUGAACCUAAUAAACCAUUGCCUUUGCCUCCAUCGGUCGAAAUUUCUCCAAGCUCAGGAUACGACAUUAUUUCAGAAACUUGGCCAUUCGCUCAAUUUCCAAAAAGGUCAUCAUUUAACAGUAGGUCCAACUUACCUCUUUACGACAGGAAAAGUUCAUCGUCAUGUUCACCAACCACAUCAACUUGUUGCAUUUAUGGAGUAUCCGAAUUAAUUCAUAAAGAUUUACAUUCUGGUAAUGUAUUUAUUCACGAUGGUCACGCUUUUAUCGGGGAUUUGGGGUUUUGUUCAAAAAUUCGAAAGAAAUUUUCAUCAUCGGCAUACGUAUCGCCCGAAUUAUCCAAAGGGGAUCGAUUUACUAUGGCAACCAUGGCCUCGGACAUUUAUAGCUUUGCCAUGAUAAUGUACGAAUUAGCAACUUUUAUACCUCUGUAUCCAAAUUAUUUUGAUGAGGAAUGUGGUAUACAUGAAGGGACUAGUCAAAUCAUUCUGAAAGGCAUCCCGAAUUGUUACCUAGUAUUAAUGACUCAAUGCUGGUCUCACCGCCCUGAAAAAAGACCUAAUGCUAAUCAUAUCGUACAAACCAUUGAAGGUUGGAACGUUUGCCUUGAUAUGGUCGAUAAAGAAGAAGAAUUAUUUCUCGCUGAAUGA